AUAAACUCUUCGGGAAGCGGCUGCUCCAGGCCGGGCGCUACAUCAUGUCCCACAAGGCCUGGAUGAAAACGGUGCCCACGGAGAACUGCGACGUGCUGAUGACAUUCCCGGACAGCACGGAUGACCACACGCUGCUGUGGCUGCUGAACCACAUCCGCCUGGGUAUCCCCGAGCUGAUCGUGCAGGUGCGGCACCACCGGCACACGCGUGUCUACGCCUUCUUCCUCACCGCCACCUACGAGAGCUUGCUGCGCGGGGCGGACGAGCUGGGGCUGCGCAAGCCGGUGAAGGCGGAGUUCGGGGGCGGCACCCGCGGCUUCUCCUGCGAGGAGGAUUUCAUCUACGAGAACAUCGACAACGAGCUCGGCUUCUUCAGCUCCCAGGAGCGGCAGAGCAUCAUCCGCUACUGGCUGGAGAACCUGCGGGCCAAGCAGGGCGAGUCCCUGCACAACAUCCACUUCCUGGAGGGCCAGCCCAUCAUCCCGGAGCUGGCCGCACGGGGGGUGAUCCAGCAGCUGUUCCCGCUGCACGAGCAGAGGAUCCUCAAGCGCCUGAUGAAGUCCUGGGUGCAGGCGGUGUGCGAGGCGCAGCCCCUCGAUGACAUCUGUGACUAUUUUGGGGUGAAGAUCGCCAUGUACUUUGCCUGGCUGGGCUUCUACACCUCGGCCAUGGUGUACCCGGCCGUGUUCGGCUCCAUCCUCUACACCUUCACCGACAGCGACCAGACCAGCCAGGACAUCUCCUGCGUGGUCUUUGCCAUCUUCAACGUCAUCUGGGCCACACUGUUCCUGGAGGAGUGGAAGCGCCGCGGCGCCGAGUUCGCCUACAAGUGGGGGACCCUGGACACCCCCGCAGAGUCCCUGGAGGAGCCACGGCCCCAGUUCCGGGGCACCAAGCGGAUCAGCCCGGUGACCAGCGCUGAGGAGUUCUAUUACCCGCCCUGGAAGCGCCUCCUUUUCCAGAGCCUCGUCAGCCUCCCCAUCUGCCUGGCCUGCCUCACCCUCGUCUUCCUCCUCAUGCUCGGCUGCUUCCAGCUCCAGGAGUUGGUGCUCAGCAUCCAGGAGCUGCCGCGCGUCCUUCGCUUCCUGCCCAAAAUCAUCCUGGCUGUCAUUGUCACCACCUGUGAUGAGCUCUACAAGAAAGUGGCCUUGUGGCUCAAUGACAUGGAGAAUUAUCGGCUGCAGAGCGCCUACGAGAAACACCUCAUCAUCAAAAUGGUCCUGUUCCAGUUCGUCAAUUCCUACCUGAGCCUUUUCUACAUCGGAUUCUACCUCAAGGACAUGGAGCGCCUCAAGGAGAUGCUGGCCACGCUGCUGAUCACGCGGCAGUUCCUGCAGAACGUGCGGGAGGUGUCGCAGCCGCACCUGUACCGGCGGCUCCGGCGCGGCGAGCUGAGCGUGCGGAGCCUGCGGGAGCUCGGGCGGGCCCUGCUCCGCCUGCUCGCCCCGCGGCCGCCCCCGCACGGCCCUGCGGAGCGCGGCGAGAAGAAAUGCCUGAACGGCGGCUGCGGCGUGCCCGAGGAGGAGGAGGAGGAGGCGGCAGGGGAGGAAGAGCGGCGCGGCUCGGACUCGGAGGAGGAGAGCGCGCUGGACUGCGGGCUGAAGCUGAAGAAGGUGAGCUUCAUCGAGCGCGCCGAGCGCCGCGCCGAGCCCGCCGGCACCGAGGACGAGCCCUUCCUGGAGGAGGGCAGCCCCACCAUGGUGGAGAAGGGCAUGGACCCCGCGGCCGUGUUCGAGCUCUGCGAGGACGAGGAGGAGGCCGAAGCGCAGCCCGGCAGCCCCGGCAGGGCGGCGGAGCCGGCGGUGCUGGCGAGGAGGAGGAGGAGGGAGGAGGAGGAGGGCGAGGAGGAAGGGAGGAAGCGCAACCGCGCCUCGUGGAUCGACCCCCCCGAGGAGGAUUACUCCACGCAGCUGACCCAGGCUGAGGUGGAGAGCUGCAUGAAGAAGUAUGAGGACACCUUCCAGGACUACCAGGAGAUGUUCAUCCAGUUUGGCUACGUGGUGCUGUUCUCCUCGGCCUUCCCGCUGGCGGCCGCCUGCGCGCUGCUCAACAACGUCCUGGAGAUCCGCAGUGACGCCUUCAAGCUCUGCACGGGCCUGCAGAGACCCUUCGGGCAGCGCGUGGCCAGCAUCGGCCACUGGCAGAAGGUAAUGGAGGCCAUGGGCGUCCUGGCCAUCAUGGUUAACUGCUACCUGAUCGCUCAGUGUGGGCAGCUGCAGCGCCUCUUCCCUGGGCUCAGCCCCCAGGCCGCCAUCGUCUGCGUUGUGGUGCUCGAGCACUUCGCCCUGCUCCUCAAGUACGUGAUCCAGGUGGCCAUUCCCGACAUUCCCGCCUGGGUGGCCGAGGAGAUGGCCAAGCUGGAGUACCAGCGCCGCGAGGCCUUCAAGAAGCACGAGCGGCAGGCCCAGCACCAUUUCCAGCAGCAGCAGCGCCGCAAGCGCGAGGAGGAGGAG